AUGUUGGGAUUUGUUACUAAAUUUGCGAUAAAACCGCAUUUGUUGAACGUAAUUCGCCGAAAUCUGCGAACUGGCUUGACGGGAACGGAAGAAUGCUCGGCUCCAGUAUCGCAUGGACUUGUCUUGGGAGUUUACGCAGACGAGAAUAACCACGAUGACGAUGGACUUUUGACGCCAGCUGCUGUGCGAUACAACGAGGGUUACACGAAUGGACAACUCUUGCAUUUGUUGCGAAUUGGCGGCGCAAUGCCCAAACGCGGCGAAUGUCGAGUAUUUUAUGCGCUCGAUAAGACUUACAGUGCGGUAGCUGUUUGCGGUUUGGGCUCCGAGUGUCUCGGCUACAACCAAUACGAGGUCGUCGACGAGGGAAAAGAAGCAAUUCGCAUGGCAGCCGCUGCUGGAGUUCGAAAAUUGCAAGAAAUUGAAACAAGUAAAAUUUACGUGGAAGGUUUUGGGCAUGCGGAAUCCGCUGCCGAAGGUGCCGCCAUGGGUGUUUGGAUCAAUCAAGAGUUCAAGGAGCAAAAAUCUCAAUUACCGAUCCCACAAAUUGAAAUGUGGGCCGAACGCGGUGUCGACAUCGACUGGGAUGGCUGGAAAAUUGGCUUGCAAAAAGCUCAUGCGCAAAAUUUGGCGCGUCAAUUGCAAGAAACGCCGGCUAACAUGAUGACGCCGACCUUGUUUGCGCAAAAUAUCGUCGAAGUGUUGUGCAUGUCGGGCGUAAAUGUCGAAGUUAAGGUCCGCAGUUGGGCGGAAAGUCAAAAAAUGAAUGCCUAUCUUGCGGUAGCGAAAGGUUCGUGUGAGCCGCCAAUCUUUUUGGAGCUGAGUUACUUCGGGACGCAUCACAGCGAGCGACCAAUUGUCUUGAUUGGGCAAGGAAACACCUUCGAUAGUGGCGGUUUAUGCAAGAAAACCAAUGCGGAAUUGCGGGAUAUGCGAGGCGACAUGACCGGAGCUGCUUCUGUGGUUGCGGCAUGCAAAGCUUGUGCAGCGCUAAAGUUACCGGUGAAUAUUCGGGCGUUAAUUCCCUUGUGCGAACACAUCAUCGGAUGUAAUGCCAUGAAGCCAGGUGACAUUGUGACUGCUAUGAAUGGAAAAACGAUCGAAGUUGAGAGUGCUGACAACGAAGCGACUCUAAUUCUCGCUGAUGCCCUUUGCUAUGCCGAAACAUUUGGCCCGAAAUUCAUCGUGGAUAUCGGUACCAUGUCUCAUUCCGUACUGGAUGCUGUCGGUCCCACCGCCACUGGCAUUUUUACAAACUCAGAAGAGCUCUGGCAACAAGUCAAAACCGCCAGUAUCCACACCGGGGAUCGUGUCUGGCGCCUUCCGCUGUGGAAAUAUUACACCGAUCAAGUCACCAGCUCGGAAAAAGUCGACGUUCAAAACGUCGGAUGUCCCGGCGGAGGCGAACCCAGCAAAUUUGCGGCAUUUUUGCGUGAAUUUGUGCCAUGCGGCAAGUGGAUGCACAUGGAUGCCCACAACGUCAUGACGACAGAUGGUCAGGAUUUUCCGUAUUUACGCUUGGGAAUGGCCGGCAGACCCACACGGACGUUAAUUGAGUUCAUCGCGCAGACAGUUUGUCGCGAAAAAGUCGCCUCAAAUGGCCGAAAUGCGGCACAGUGUUGAAGAAUUGUUGAGUUUUGCGAAUAAAUCCACCCCUUUUUAAUAAAAAUAAAUCGAAAAGUGUAUUGAAUCACGUCAAAACAUUGGGAAACGUUCGGCACUUUUGACAAAAGGCACAAAGAAGAAAAGGGAAGUUAAUUCGUCUGUAAAUAAUUUUGCACCAUACACGAUAAUUCGACCAAUUUUCUGUAGAACUACGUUCGGAGUCAAUGUUAA